GGUGUAGGAGCUCUUAAGUUCCUCCAGGGUCCCCCACAACUUCAGGCAUCUCAUGUUGGCUGGAGUGUUGACUACAAUUGCACAACUGACGACCCAAAUGCCACAGUGUCACUUCUACGUUCUAAAGAUUUUGGGGUUUCUUAUAAUGUGGUUCCAGUCUCACCAAACAAACUUCUUUUGAGGAAACAAGUGUUCACAUUAGUGAACGUUAUUCUUUUGGAUGGGGGAUACUAUAAAUGCAACGCAACGGACCAGUCAGGUCAAACGAUAGAAUGGAAGAGUGGUUCAAUGUUAUUUGUACAAGCAGGUCUGUACGAAUAUUCUGAGUACAGUAAAUUGUUAUUAUCUUCAGCUUUACCUUGAUGUGUGACUAUAAUUCGGAACCUACUUAUUCUUAGAGUUAGUUUCAAAUAAAAACAAACACAGAGCACUAUGCAAACAAUAAAAGAUCGAAGCGACUCUGCCAUCGAUUUUGGGCAGCUCCAAAAAUGUCGGCUAUUUGAGUUAUCUACCAUGUUUUUCAGUUCUGAAAUCUUAGUGUGAUAGUAUUCUUUUCUCUUCUGUUUCGGAACGUUUUUGUACUGUUUUAAGACCAUGUGAUAUUUUUCCCUAAGCGUAAUAUUGAGAGGAUCCCUGUGUUUUAGAAUAGAAAGUUUCCUCAAUUCGUGUCUCUUAAGACCACAUUCUUUAUCAAACCAUUUUUUGUUAGAACUCUAGUAUAUCGUUCUAUAAUGUUCUUAAUUUUUAAACAAUGUUUUGCGGUUGUAAAAAGAAUCCUUUCUACUGCAUCGAGGGAAGAGUUAAUGUGUUUGUCUGUCCUACAGUCAACAAGAAAAUCAUGUAUCAUUCUCUGUAUGUCUCUUGUUUACACUGCUGUUUUAAAUUUUUGUGAUGAAUCAUAUGCAUUUUCCUGUUUGGGUAAACAAAUUAAUGUAUCAUUGGUUUUUUCUGUAGCUAAGUGAUUAUUUACCGUAUUAAUGUUAAGCCAUGUCAUUAUUGGACUGUGAUUUGUUAAAUUCGACGGAUCUUUUAACAAUGAAUUCGCGAUAGAGUGGAAUAUUAGUCUUGGUCGCAUAUUGCAUAGCCUGCGUGGCAGGCGCAAAAAGGGUAGGGGGAGAGGGGGAGGGAGAAAAGCGCGAAAGAGGGGAACUGGGAAGGGAAGCAGGCGUCCCUUACCACUCUCCCGAAUCUCCCUCUUUUUUUUUCUUCCUCCCUAUCCCCUUCCCUUUUCGACCCCUGCUACGCAGGCUGCAUACUGCAUAGUCAACAACACUAACUCCUGAUAUACCAUGAAAUGUUGGUCUUGCCAGCGAAUUACCACGGAAUCUAACAUUCAUAAUCUCUAGAUCUGCACUCCUACAUAUUUCUAAAAGACGUUUCCCGAGGUUGUUUAAUUCGUUAUCAAAACUGUGUCGCUGAAAGGCGCAUAGCGAGAAUUCAGAUUGAUGGUUUUGUUAUAAUGGUGUUGCUUUCUUGACAGACAUUGUCUGAGUAUUUUCCUGUUCUAGAGUUGAAAUCACCCAUAAGAAGAAUUGAUCCAAAAGCCGAGAAUUUCUCAAUAUCGUUUUUAAGUUCUUCAAAUAGUUCAGGACAAAACUAAAUUGAAUUUUGAGGUGGGAUAUAUGUGCCACAUACAUAGAUAUCUUUUUUGGUAGAAAGAAAGAUUUGUGACCAAAGCGAAAUCGCAUUCUGCUUGCGAUCCUCGCGCGAUGCGCGACAAAAUUUUAAACUGGCUCCGCUAGAAUGAACAUUUUGUGGAGCUGACUACAGUACGUAUUGAAGACGGUAUGUAAAGUUCUGCACAUAUUUUUUGCAGCGCAGUUACCCAGGCAUUUUGUGUUGAUACCAAACAAAUCAAUCUAUGUGCUGCAAGGCCAGAGUGGACAAGUCACGUGUGAAGCUGAAGGCCCUUCAGUUUCUACCCUGAAGUGGGAAAAGGAACAGAAUAAUAAAUCAUAUGCAGCCGUCCCCGACAGCCAAGUUAACAUCACUAAAGAUGCAAAUUAUGUGAGAGCUGUUCUGAAGAUUGCAAAUGCCCACUUCUCGGACACUGGUACAUACAAAUGCACAGUAUCAGUUCCACCAAAUAAAUCAGAUUAUAAGCUGACAAAGAUAACUGUCAAGGGUAUGUUUGUGUAUUUAUUUAUUUAUUUUUUUUUCUACCCGCACCACAAGAAUUUUUCAAUACAUACUCUAUAUCUAGCCACUGGUAUCCCAAGCUCACGUUUCGAGUGUGUUACGGUAUGUAAAUUAACUUUCUCACAAGAGAGUCGGAGUCGCGUUACAAGCAACCGUUUAGAUAUUGUAUGAGAAAUAAAAUACUGAGGUCUAAUUUUUCUAUAAAAUUAAUAAAGGAGACUCACUUUUAAUGUAUUCCUGUGUUUUUAGGUGUGAAUUCAUCGAUUGAGUCGGGUUUUUUUGGUAUUGUUUGACCCCUCUCACUUUCUUUAUAAUACGAAUUCUCCUUUAUUUAAUUUAUAGAAAAAUGAGUAAGAAUAAUGAUACUAAGCGUUCGCAGACGUCAGUAUUUUACUAUUUUAUUUGUCAUAGAAAGUCUCAGCGGUUGCUUGUAACGCGACACCGUCUCUCUUGUGAGAAAGCUAAUUUACAUAACACAUUCGUGACGUGAGCGGGGUGGAACGCCCGUGAUCUAGCCGGAGUUUUGAAAAGUUUCCUUCCGAAAUUUACUUUUGAGUUUGCUAGCCUACAUGUAGCUUUACCCUGCCUCUGGAAGGGCAGAAACGGCGAGGAAUUGUUUGGUUGCAGGUAAGCUAUGGAGAGGAGAAAAGUUUACGUUAGCUGAUUUUAUCUUGGAAAAGCAACUAUUGACACGGGAAAACUGGAUCUAGGUCUAGUUUCUGCGGACUCUAAUAGAGUACUAAAGUGUGACGUCAUAAAAAUUAAAUUUCUGAAAUUAUUGGAUUUGUCGGGAUAUUCUGAAAGAACAACGUCCAAGAGGCCUAGAUGCCAAAAAUGAGCAUUUCCGGGCAAAUUGUCUCUGAGAUAUUAGCCCAGUUAUGCUCUCAAGCCCAUACAAACCGUUCUAAAUGUUUCUGUGUCGACCCCAAAAAAAAUUUAGAAAGGUUUGUAUGGACAAGUAGCAGAAUGAGUUGCAUUUUUUUGCUAACCCGGUUUUCAAAAAUCCAGGUAUAAGUAAAAGUCGGUCAUCUUGAAACAAAAUCCUUACAUACGUCCCAAAUGAUUGACCCGUGGAUCCUGUAGAUUUCGCUUUUUCCCCUCAAGUUCACUUCAAAACUUCCUAUUGUUUUAGCCUGCGUGACUGAAAUCCCGAUCAAGUGCGUUCGAAAGGGAGAAUCGGUGUUGGCGCGCGUGAAGGCAAAGCCGCGCGCGCGUUUAUGUUAUCAUUCAUAAUCAAAAUUUGGUUUUCUUGCGGGAAAAAAAUCCUUACAAAAGUCCCAAAUGAUGGACCCGGUUGCACUUCUGCUUGCCAGCAUUUUGUUAGGUAUUUUUUAUUCUUUUCAAACUUUCUAAUUUAGGGAACUCCAGGGCCGGGUCUGGGGGAAACUUGAGCCCAGAAGUGAAGUAGAAGACAGUGGAAGUGUGCUUUAUAGCUGUAUAACCCCCAAAGUUUUCCUGUGCGAAACAUAGUACAGUGGAACUCGGUUAAUAUGGUCACCAAUGGGCCAAAAAAAUUUGGCCGUACGCGUAUUAACGGGUGAGCGUAUUAACGAGGUUCUUUUUACAAGAAAAUGUAUGGUCGUUUUGCCGCGCGGCCAUAAAAAAAGUGGCCGUAAUAACGCGCCGUAAGGCGGGUUUUUACCGUACCCCAUCUUGCAAAAUUUCUUUGCAAAUUUUGUUUUUUCCGUUUAAAAACUAUGGAAUGCGGAGUUUGAUGACUUCAGGAGCCUAUGGCUCCUGAUGACUUAAAUUGUAAGACCUUGGCGCACUGUCUGUCGUUGCGUGACAAGUCAGACGUUAAUGGUUUACAGUCGAUGCACUGUGCAAACUAAAUUUUUCCGACUAGGGCCCUGGUCUGUUACAUCAUAGCCGCCCGCAACGCCGAUGAAUAUGGCAUCGAGCCAUUUGAUUUUCAGGUUUCUACGCACAUGUGGUCGCAGUAAAGAGAUGGGGGCUUUUUGUCUUCUUGUGUUAGUCAGUAAGUACAGUCAUGUUCUUCGAUCUGAUCUCUUGAUUACUUUUGUCCUUAUUUUAGCGUAUAAAUUUUACACGUAGCAUGCAUUAAGUAAACAACAAAAUACGUUGCUCCUUGUGUCUUAACAUCAAUUAGGCUGUAUAGAGGAUCACGAAGGUCUUUGAGAGGAGUCUGUGUAGCUAUUAAUCUGCUUUAUUGUAAUAAAAAAUACCAGCGUUAGGAAACAAGAGCCGAUGAAAGCUGAAGAUCUUUCAUUCUUUCCGCCGAAAAGCAUUUCGCUAAGGAAGGACCUGCAUCCCCUUGAGUUGUGAUGGUGAAGACUACUUCCAGUUUUUGAUCUAUUGCGAUAUUUUAAUACUUAUUUUACUAAUUUAUGACUGUGUUGAUAUCAAACUAUAGGCAACUUUAUUAGAAUUUAUUUAGAAACUAGAUAAUCAGCUUCUCGAAUUAAUCCCGCAGUCUACUGCCCCGUCAGGCAUUGAGUAUGUAAUUAAAAAUUUAUCUAUUCGGAGUAACUUCGUUAAUAAUAGACUGCGAUAAAUUAUUGAUAAGUGUCCAGUAUAAAUACGUGUCUUCUCAAUCUGAUCAGUGUCAGAUCAAACUUGUGUCCAAAGCCUUAUCAGGAAUCUCUAUUUAGGACACAGCCGAUUAAGUAAAAAUGGAUCUUUAUGCGAAGCCUUAGAGACGCCUUAUUCAGUACUUGAAAUGAUAGAGACGCCUUAUUCAGUACUUGAAAUGAAACUUAAUCAUUGUUAUUUUCGCUGAUAAGCGAAAAAUUUAUGAUGGUUUUCGAAUUCUGAUCAUGCUAAGUUUUUGCGCAAAUGAAACAUGCGUUGUCUUAGCGUUUACCAGUAAAACAUCUUGUUGUUAUGAGCUACAAAAAAAAUUUAAUCCCCGCGGAUGAAAAGAUUCCUUUCUUCGCUCUUGUCAUUUCUGUCAACAUUGCUCAAUUGUUUACCUUUCACCGCCAUAUCCGUCGCGUAGUCUGGUGAGUUUACGAAUCAGGCGAUAAGCCCCAAUUGACCAUUUCUUAUUUUGUUAUGCAGCAUUGUAGUCGUGCUAUGCAAAUGUACAAACAUACACCCUACUAAUUGAAACUUCAUGAUUAUGUAAUUUAGAAGCUAGCCUACGUGUAGCGGCACCCUCCCCCUUUGAGGGGGAGGGUGCGGCUACACGUAAGCUAUUUAGAGGCUACAAUAGCCUGCGUAGCCUGCAGGAUCGUUCGCGCGAGGAAAUGUUUGGAAUUGGAACUGUGAAUAAAAGUAGUGCGGAGAAUGGUGACGAGACGCUUUUUCUUAGGGGUGCGCGCGCCGCGCGCAAGUGAUUUGUCCAAUGUAUGCUACAAUAGAGAACAACGGCAAAACUAAAAACUCGCUAGAAACGCUGAAACGGCCAAAAAUGCAACAUACCAUAUGUAAAACAAGAAGACAAAGUGAGAAGUUCUGAUGUUUUUUCCUUGCUAUUACUGUAUCCUUAAAAACCCUCAUACAAACCCUUACAAUGGAGACCGAGUACGACUACGAGGACGAGAUUUCCUCAAUACUAAGUAGUGCGCGCGCGUAAGCCAGCGUCAGUUUAGUGGGUAAACUUGGUAGCCGACGUCAUUCUUCUACGCCUAGCGAGAAUGUCAUAAUGGUGGAAACGAGUUAUCAAAUGUUAGAAGUUUUAUCAUUUUGCGAUCGAGAGAGGGCUUAACCUCCUUCAAUAUAAAUAACGGUGCUAUCUUUUGUAAUCAAAAGAAGUACAAUUAAGCUUUAGAAUACGCUUUAAGUUAAAUCACGUACUCUCAGUCGUUCUCGUCCUCGAAUCUAGGGUCUCCAAUAUUUUUGUUACGCAACAACGAUUCUCCCUCGUAAGCUUGGGGUACCUAUGUCAAAACCGGUUCUCUCGCGUAUUGAUCGAGAAGAAAGCCACAGUUCCUGACGUUUUUUUUUUCAAUUACAUUUGUCCUAAUCUUUGUCGCUGUCUCAAUUUCAACCCAUUUCUGUGUCUUUUUUUCGCCAUUUUAUCUGGGUCUUGAUUAGCUGUUUCAAGGCCAUGUCGCUUGUCGGAAUUUUACCUUAACAGGCUCAGGGAACUCGUAAAAAGAUAACUUGUAAACUUCCUGUUGAAGCCUAUGUGAUUGGACGGAAACGGUCGGAAGACAAAACAAGCCAGUCACAUGGCAAAAGAUAUUUAACAAUGGGCUAUUGACUCAGAGGCCAUGAGGGCGAGAGGAAUAAUUGUUUUAGUAAAAUCCAACUAGUUGGUCAAAAAUAUCGAGAAUAAAAAAAAUUUAGCUAGUUAAAGCUAGACUUUAACCCUCUUUUGCCUCCAACAAGCCUGUGCUUUUCGCUACUAGUGGACUAUGACAUAUAGCCUAGUAGUAGCUCAACCAAUCAGAACACAGCAUUGAUAUUUUACUAAAUUCAAGAUAUAUGGGUUACUUGGUACUUCUGGUUUCUACUUCUUACUACUAGUUAUUUAAAAAUGUUUGGAAAUUGCUUUUCGCUUGACAUAACUGUGAAUGGUAUUCAUGGGGAGGAUAGAGAAGAUAGUAGAGAGACUAAGAAUCACGUUUACGCCAAACGGCAAACGUGAACAGGCCACUUCCGAGUUCCAAAAACCCACACUUUCAAAAUGAGGCCAAGUGCACAACCUUUCUUCUGAAAAUGAGUUUUGUUUGCAUGAGAAUGAAAAAUCAUUUCCAUAUCAAAGGCUGAGCACUUAACCUCGUAAUGAUACAGAGGCCUGGGGAACUCGGAAAUGGCUUAUUUGUACCACGUGACGAAGUUCUCCCCUUAAUUAUCGUUUACUGUUUAUUAGUUCUACUCAAAACUAAAUAGUUUUAAGCCAGUUUUCCAUAAAAAUUGUCCUGCACAGUUUUUAUCAUCUUAUUUUCCAGGGUUUUCAUUAUGAAUUGUAGUAGCAGCAAAAAGGUGUAACGUUACAGGAGAAUAUUUUGAAAGAGGCUCCACGUCUGAAUAAAAAAUAGUCAUAGGCUACCGAACGUUAGCCGGAGAAUUCUCCGAUCUCCGAUGGCUAAUGAAAACUCUGAUUUUCUAUUCUGAGAAAUUCUCAACUUAAAUCUGACGUUUGCCGUUUGCCGUAAACGAGACUCUGUCUCUAAUUACCUGCAAGAGCUGUGUGCGAUAACUGCACAGAGGGUUAGAGGCGAGGAAGUACUGCUUUACAUAUUCUGCUCGGGUGUCUCGACCUAUCCCAGACAAGAAACAGCUAAAUUUGCAACCUUGUUGAAGACCAUUGUUGCUGAAUGAUAUCUACUUGACCAUGACUAAUUACUUUAUCUCAUAGCUAGCCUGUAAGACAUGCGUCGAAAGGGGAGGGGAGGGAAAAGGAUUACGUCUGCCACGCAUGCUAACUGAAGAGUAGGUCAUCUGUUUCGGGAAGUCUCCGCGCAUGUCUCCUCGUAGGUUAAAUAGUAGCGAGUUUGAGUUGCCACAACGGCGACGGCAACGAAAACGUCAAAAAAAGCAAUAGGUUUAAUAAGCGAAACAACAACUCUGCACGUGCAGCACACUUUCUUGGUUUAUUUUUUUGCGUUACUGCACGACUACGACGUGAAAAUGCCUUAAUUCACGUUUAAUGGAGGAUGUCAACAAGCGACGACAAUGUUCUCUCUCUGAACUUGGAUAUAGUUCUUAGGAAUUCAAUUCCACAUGAUUUCGAUUGCAUUUGGCGAACUAAGCGAGUUGGAAUAAUCCGACGAAAGAAAGCGAAUUCGCUUUGUAAGCGACGUUUUCGCCACCUUCGCUUUCUUAAAAAGAGUUAAUAUCAAAUUGAAAAACAGAUUAAAAGUAACAUUUUUUCUUCAUCACUAGGUUCUCUGAUGGGAUCAACUAGCGCGACAUCCCUUCUUUCCUUGUCAUCAAUAGCGAACCCUACUCCGUCCACUGCUCGGUUACAAGUGUCCCCUGUGACCAUCCCAACGGCCUCGCAAUCUUCAUCGGCUUCUGUUGCUGCGACCGCCCAGGUCCAAACUACGUCCACUUCUUCAUCGUCGCUUGCAGCUAUUCCUGCAUCUACCUCUGCUGCUUCCACCGCCCAGGUCCAAACUACUUCCACAUCUUCAUCGUCGCUGGCAGCUAAUCCUGCGCCUACCUUUUCUUUUUCCACUGCCCAGGUCCAAACUACUUCCACAUCUUCAUCGUCGCCGGUAGCUACUCCUGCCCCUACUUCUACUGCCUCGAACGCUCAGGCCCAAACCGUCUCAGUAUUGUCAUCAUCGCUGAACGCCCUCAUUUCUCCUAGUUCCUCUUCAGUUGUUCCUGCUACCUCUGCAUCAGUGGGUAAGCCUCUCUCCUUGUCUGAUUAUUACCUUUAUCAAUUUCUGUUUUUCAGAUUUAAAGUCUUUCCCUCGAAAACACCUAACAUUGAUUUUUUUACCCUCUGAGCUUCUGUGAAAAUAAUGUAAUGUUUUACAUCUAAUAGAAAUGUCAAAUAAAUAAAUAAAUAAAUAAUAAGGGAACAGUCUCCUCCUCUACAUAAUGCCAACAAUACUUUGGAUCGAAACCCACCAACAAUGAGCGAGGUUCAUGAUACAACAAUCACUAACAAUCACGGUGGUAUAAAUAGCCCCACUCAUGAUCAGUGAAUCAACACUAUCGCCUGAUGAAGUACGCGGUGGAAACAUCGCUAUCGAUGUCUAAGUGACAAUCGUGAGACAAACGAUAAACGAAAUCCUUUAUAGACACAAACCACGUUGAGGAACAAUAUUUUUCAUGACAAAUAAAUAAAAGUAUAUACAACGAGAGGUCACCGAAUUAGUUGCGGAGAAAAUUGAGGAACUAGCCAAGAAAAAAGUCGGCAUAUUUAAGCGAGACUAACUCGUAAUUGAAUUCUAUUACACAGCUGUCGACCCCUGCAAACAGAGUAAUGGAGGAUGUGCGCACAACUGUAUGAAAAAUGGAACAACUUACAACUGCUCUUGUGACCCUGGAUUUCAACUUGAAAGUGACCUUCACAAAUGUGCAGGUAUUGUUUUUAAAAUACCGUGCAGUGGAUAUAACUAGUGUUAAAAGAGUUGUGUCAGUAAAUUUAGUCAAAUACAGACGGUGGAAAUUGGCCAGCUAAUUGAACAUAAAGAAACAACUGGCUAAAUCAUUGAAGGAAGGGUUAAAUAACAUAGCAAAUAUGAAAUCAAAGAAGACAUAGAGGGAAAAAAAAAUGCAAUCCAAGUCCGUAGUGUAUCCUGGGUACCAGAGGUUCUUUCCUCGUUUGCGGCGGAAUACGGAAUACUUCAGUGUCGCCCGCGCAGCAGCAAGGCCGAAGCUACGACCGGCGAACCGAAGACUUGACCGAAGCCGGAAACCGAAGUUCUCUAGCAUCCAGGGUAUCCAGAGCAUUACCACAUUUUCAAUUACUUGUAAUUUUCUUUGCUAUAGACAUAUCAAAGCUGAUUCGAAACGCCACCCCUGGCUCUCCGCGAAAUCACGUCUGAGCAACGAGCGCAGAAAUUACAUAAUGAUACUGACGACGCGUCACUACCAGGAUCUGGAUAGUGCUUUUUAUCGAAUAAAGGAAAGUUUUAACCAAUCAGAAGCGCUACCCAAAUCUGUGUAGUAACGCGUCGUGAUCAUUAGUAGGGAAUUUCUGCGUUCCUUGCUCAGACGUACUAAUGGAGGCGUUGCGAAAUGUCGGGUGUUUUCUCAGGCUACCUUUCUUUUAAAUCAGAUAGAUACUUGGCUGAAAAAUGUCCAGUAUGAAUAACAUUUUAUAAGGCUAUUCAUUUUUUGUGUUAUUCAUGUCUUGUCAGACUUGGACGAGUGUAACAGUACAACUGCAAGGCAUAAAUGUGAACACAUUUGUGUCAACACUGUGGGUAGCUAUGCGUGCGCUUGCAAACCUGGACACAAGCUACAAAUGGACGGGCUCUCUUGCAAAGGUGAACCACAUGUAUAACUAGUAAUAACCAAAGGUUAGGCAAGCUCGUCCUCAGGGCUUUUCAAAGGGAAAAAGCCUGACGACGAGGUUGAAGGUUAGGGAGUGCAGGCGAGAUACAUCGAACGUCAAAACGCUCUUACUCCAAAGCUGUGAUUUGCGUAAAUUUCACGUGAAAGAAGGUUAAAACAAUCUUGAUCAGAUUACGAGGGAGAGAAGAUCCAAACGCCCGUGAUCAGAUAGCGUUCUGUGCAUUCUAUUCUUCAGGGCCGAGUUGUUCAAAGCUGGGUUAAAAUAACCCGGGGUUAGUUCGAGAUUUGAAUUCAGAUUUGAAAGCUUAAAAAGCAUAUCAGUUUUAAUUCUUUUUAUCUACGGGUUGAUGAUUAGAAGCUCUAAAAAUAACAGAGAAAAUUAUCCGAGAAAAUGCUUUUGAACACAAGAAAAAAAAAACCCGGGUUAAAUUGAACCCCGGGUUAAGCGCUAAUCGGGCUUCCAACAACUGGGCCCAGAGUGCUUUAGAUUUGAGGACGAGGAUGACUACGAGUACGAGAUUUUCUCAAAACUGUUAAAGUAGUGCACGCGCGUGAGUCAGCGUCAUUUCGGCGGGAAAACGUGAUAACCGUCGUCAUUCUAAAACGGGUUUUAGAGAGAAUGUCGUAGUGGCGGGAACAAGUUAUCGAAGGUGAGAGGUUUUAUCAUUUUGCAAUCGAGAGAGAGAGCUUAACCUCCUUCAGUAUAAAUAACCGUACUAAAUUUUUUGGUGAAAAAAAGUAAGAUGAAGCUUUCCGGGAUGUCCUUUUUUAGAACACGCACAAAACCUUUUAGUUAAAUCUCGCACUCGUACUCAUUCUGGUCCUCAAAUCUAACGCUCUCUAAUCUGUAGUGGAAAUCCAAACGAAUGCUGGUUGCUUACGUGCUGCCCAUGCGUAAUAGUGACCUGGAGAUUAAGAUUGCGGGCUCCUCUGCAUGGUCGCCCGCUUUAAGAACAAUGAUCGCUUCAUUUUUUUUCCAUUGACUGCCUCUUCAUCAGAAGUUGAUCUUUCGUCAUUACAUUAACCGUCGGCGUUUACUUCUAUGUUCAUUUUGCUUUUAUGGAAUAAGGUUAAUUCCUCGCUUUAACAUUUGACAUCUAUUUCAUUUAUUAUUUUUUUCUUAUCAUUUUCCUAAGUACCACCAUUUUUUCCUUGAAGACUCUAAUUCCUCUAAGGUAGGGCGAGGGGCAAGAUAAGGCACUUGCCUUAUUUAAAUGCUACUCUAGCAUAAUUAAGUUUGGAAAAAGUAAGAAUUUGCAGUUGAAGCUAUUGAUUUUGGGGAAGAAAUGCCUUAUGAAAAAUGAUAGCGUUUAAGAUGCUUCUAGAUUCAAAAUUUUCUUGGGAUGGUGGUAGUGAUGGUGGGGUGCAUGCUCCCAGACAUCCCUCCAGCGGAUUGCGCCCUCCACGAUCGCGGAGACCUUGCCACGGGCAUUGCCUAAAGUGUGGCCACGCCCCUCUUCACCAGACAUCCCUCCAGCGGAUGGCGCCCUGGACUCGAUCGUGGAGACCCUGCCUCGCGCUUUACCAAUAGUCUGGGCUUUGGGCUUGUUUUCCUCGGCGGCUAUACACAGGCUAAGUAAAUUCCAUCCUAUGGUAACAUUUGCACAAGUAGUUUUUCUCUUCCUAGAAGAGAGAAAAUUCCUUUUAUCAUAACGCGAAGCUUACAACUUCCUGUCGCUGUCAUAAGGGAGAUUUGGAAAAAUAUACGCAGGUUCAAAUAAGUACGCCAAAGUGCCCGGAAAGGACUGAACACGACUUAGAGUGGAUUUCCACUCUCGCGUAAUCUUAACGUGCGUAUCCACAGAAAAUUUACCCGCGUAAAUAAAAUGGAAACAAUGCAAUGUAUGGAUGGCCGCGCAUAAAAGUCAAAGUUUACGUUUACGCGCGCCUUUUCAUAGACUGCCACUCUUUUAUUUACGCGCGGAAAAUUUAUGUGCGUACGCACGUAUUACGCAACAAUGGAAACCCACCUUAAAAAAAAAAAAAAAAAAAAAUGGUGCUCAAGUCUUCCUUCUUCCAUUGAUCCAUUCGGUUUUUAGAUCUGCGCGCGCUGUUUCCUUUUUUUAAAUUGACAUUUAUUUAUUCUGCUUUAUAUUUCUUCUUUUACAGAAUCCACUGACCCUAAACCCACUAGCAAGGCCAAAGAAAUCCAAAAAUGGAACUGGAUAAUCUUAGGAAUCGUCAUCGGUCUUAUAGCCUUGAAUAUUCUCAUUUUAGUGGCAGGAGUAUUGUAAGUGGAUUAUUUUGUCUUGUGUGAUCACUUUCUUUAUUCUUAUGACUUACAUAUAUGUGAUAAAGCAGUCACUGUGACAUAAUUUAUUAGAACAAAAUCAGAUGACGUGGAUCACUGUCAUGGCUUAAGUUUUCAAGGUACCUUAAUCGUGUUAGCCUGCAAAGCAUUGGGAUAUUAGGAGCUUAAGCAAAGACGUUCGGGCGACGCACGUUAACCGGAAGCAGGAGCCAAUCGGCUCCUGCCGGAAGUGAACUUUUGCAUUCCUGGGCAGUGGUUUUUGCCCAAAGUUUGACGCAUACCGUCUGUUAAGACUAAAGAGAGAUAGUAAUACAAAUUUGGUUAANAAAAAAAAAAAAAAAAAAAAUGGUGCUCAAGUCUUCCUUCUUCCAUUGAUCCAUUCGGUUUUUAGAUCUGCGCGCGCUGUUUCCUUUUUUUAAAUUGACAUUUAUUUAUUCUGCUUUAUAUUUCUUCUUUUACAGAAUCCACUGACCCUAAACCCACUAGCAAGGCCAAAGAAAUCCAAAAAUGGAACUGGAUAAUCUUAGGAAUCGUCAUCGGUCUUAUAGCCUUGAAUAUUCUCAUUUUAGUGGCAGGAGUAUUGUAA